GAGCAGCAGUUCUCCACAGAGGGAGGACAGAGCAGGCAGCAGAGACCAUGGAGCCCCGCUCAGCCACUUCCCACAGAGGCCUUGUUCCCUGGCAGGGCCUCCUGCUUGCAGCCUCACUUUUAACCUCCUGGACCCCACCCACCCCUGCUCAGGUUACCAUUCAAGCUGUGCCUUUCCAUGCUGCUGAAGGGGGAGAUGUUCUUCUACUUGCCUGCAAUGUGCCAGAGAACAGUAUAGCCUACAAAUGGUUUAAAGGCGAGGGGCUUGAUCUCAGCAACGAGAUUGCAGCAUAUGCCGUAGAAGCUAACAACACUUUACCGGGGCGUGCAUACAGCCACCGAGAGACAAUAUACCACAAUGGAUCCCUGCUGUUCCAGAACAUCAAAGAGCAGGACUCGGGAUUCUACACCCUACAAGUCAUAAAGAGCAAUUAUCUGGUUGAAGUAGCUUCUGGACUGCUCCUGGUGCACAAGUCAGUGACAUGGCCUUCCAUCCUGGCCAGCAGCACCACAGUCGCAGAAGGGGAUUCUGUGGCCCUGACCUGCCUUUCAGGAGGUGACACAGAAACCUCCAUCCAGUGGAUCUUCAAUGACCAGCACCUACAGCUCACAGAGCACAUGAAGCUGUCCCAGAACAGCAUCCUCCUCCUCAUUGACUACAUCAGGAGGGAGGAUGCUGGAGAAUAUCGGUGUGAGGUCUUCGGUGCAGGCAAUUCCAGCAGGAGUGACCCCCUCAGGCUGGAGGUGAACUCAGAAGAAAGGAACCCGGGUCUCCCUGCAGGGGCCAUUGCUGGCCUAGUGUUUGGGGUUGCUGUGGCAGUCGUCCUGGGGUGUUUCCUGCUCUUCACAAGGACCAGAAGGUCCAGUGUCCAGCAUGACCUCCAGGAGCACCGGAAAUCUGUCUCCAACCCUAGCCUCAGUUCUCACAACAGCUUCACCUUGCAGGACACCGUCCCCAGUACCCAGGCAGCUGUUCCCAUCUAUGAGGAACUACUAAACCCUGAAAUGAAUGUUUACUGCAAAAUCAAUCCCAAAGCAGAUGCUGCUUCAUAACUUUCUACAAACUACUUCUUCUGCCUGAGGAUGACCUCCAGGGAGGCUAGACUCUGAGACUCCAGACCCCCCGCGGUUGCUAAGCCCAGCCACUGGACCUUCUCUUUGCUUGUUCCAUGAUCACAUUUUCUGCCUCUUUCCAGCUCUCCUACCUCUAUCAAGUAUAAGGAAAGUGCUUUGUGGUUACUUGGGAUCCACCAGGAUCAAACCAAGUAUGUCUGGAGCUGAUGUCUAAUAAAAUGUGCAAAGAUCUAUACACCAGGGCUGACGUCACAGAUUCUGAGGAGGAGCACAUGGGUGCCUGUGGAGGGAC